AACGCCUCGACUGUUUUCCUACAAACAAACUUGUGGUCGGUCGCAAGCGAAGUUGUGGCGGGGCGGCGUCAACGAGCCUCGAGGGAAGAUGGUGUGAAGUAGCUCAGACUGUUGCAGUGACAACAUUAUUGGCGGCAGCAGCCGACACAUGCGAGCUGCCGGGACGAACGGUCGCAGCCGGGGUGUUCGCCAGUCGCGUGUCUUUGUCCCGGUUAGCUAACGGAGAAGAUGAUCGAGCCAGAGCUCCUGACCGAGGUCCCCGCUGCGCUGAAGCGGCUUGCCAAGCAGGUCGUGCGGGGGUUCUACGGAGUGGAGCACGCCCUGGCCCUGGAUGUGCUGAUCCGCAAUCCGUGCGUGCGCGAGGAGGACAUGCUGGAGCUCCUCAAGUUCGACCGCAAACAGCUGCGCUCGGUCCUCAACACCUUGAAGGCAGACAAGUUCGUCAAGUGCCGCAUGAGGGUCGAGACGGCACCCGAUGGCAAGACCACGCGGCACAACUACUAUUUCAUCAACUACAGGGUGCUGGUCAAUGUGGUCAAGUACAAAUUGGAUCACAUGCGGCGGCGCAUCGAGACCGACGAGCGAGACUCGACCAACCGCGCUUCCUUCCGGUGCCCCUGCUGCUUCUCCACCUUCACUGACCUCGAAGCCAACCAGCUGUUUGAACCCAUGACAGGUACAUUUCGCUGCACCUUUUGCCAGACAGAAGUAGAGGAGGACGAGUCGGUCUGUCCUGAUGCCAGGACGCUGGUGGCUCGCUUCAAUGAGCAGAUCGAACCCAUCUACGCGCUGCUGCGCGAGACCGAAGAUGUCAACCUGUCCCACGACCUGCUGGAACCUGAGCCCACUGAGAUCCCUGCUCUAAAACAGAGCCGCGAGCGUGCCGCGGCAGCUGCAGGAAACUCGGGCCAACACCGCGAAGCCUGGUCCAACAAAGGCUCGUCCUAUGGCGACAUGUACACCCAGAAUGUGGUCAUCAGCAUGGAGGAGCAGGAAGACCAACAGAAGAAGGCCAACGAGGGCAAGGCACCGAAGGAAAGGCCCGUCUGGUUGACGCAGAGCACCGUGCAGGGCGCUUACAGUGAGCCGGACGUACUCAAGAACAGUGGAGACAUUGUACCCGAAGCCCAUGAUGCAGUGGCCGGUCAUGGAAUCGGUCAGGCAGAUGAAAAUGAGGAGGUGAUGCGCGCUUUGCUCAUACACGAGAAGAGGGGUGCAGCGGGAGCAGGUGCAAGUGGAGGCGGAGCUAGCGCCGCUGCCAAGGGACUGACCUCCGCCACCGCCAACGCAAGCGACUCGGAGAGCGACACCAGUGAAUCCGACGACGACGCCCCCGCAGGUCCUCCCCCCGCAGCCGCCGCUCCACUCCGUGCCAAGGAGGAGGAGGAGGACGAUGACGAAGACGAGUUUGAGGAAGUAGGGGAUGAGCCAGUGGUGAUGGUGGGAGGUCGGCCGUUCUCAUACGGAGAGGUGAGCCAGAGGCCGGAGCUCGUGGAGCAGAUGUCCGCACAGGAGAAAGAGGCCUACAUUGAAAUGGGACAAAACCUCUUCCAGGACAUGUACUUCUGAACACACACACACACACACACACACACACACACACACACACACACACACACACACACACCUUCCCAUAUAUUUAUUUCUGCUGUUUCACGCCGUCAGUGGUGUUAUCAGAGGAAAUGUUUGUGGACACAACCUGUCAAGAGGAAAACGAGAUGCUGCUCGACAAGUAUUGACGGUCAGCUUCAUGCUCCUGCAUUAUCAGUGUUGCCUUUUGUAGUAUUCUGUCCUAAGUAUUUUUGAAAGUCAGCAAACCAAACGGGAUCUGACCAGCCACGCUGUCAUAAUAGAACAUAUGGCUAAGUUGUUACGGUCAACAGUUGCUAUUUUGAGCAAUCGAGUAAAAUAAAAAUACCCACUGCAGUACAGACAUCUACAUGGAUGUGUAAUAAUGUGAUAAUAGUGAAACUGAAGUCAGAUAACAAUGGGGAGGGGGAUUAAAACAUUGUGUACAGACAUUUAGACUUGACAGUGAUUAAGAACAUAAUACAUUUGGAAGACAUUUGUCUUCUCAGAUGGUGGAUGGAACUACACAACCAUUUAUAGAUGAAACUCACAUUCUACACACUGCUUAUGUCUCUGGGUGAGACUUCAUCCUACAAAAUGAAUCUAAAUGAGACCAGCAGCUUGUGCAAAGAAGAAGAUACUGUAUGAGCUUAUGGUGACACAAUGUGCGUAUAAAAUUUUGGAUUCAGUUUUUGUUUGUAUUCACUUUGUAAAAAUACACCAUUUUCUUCUGGUUAUAUUUCUACUUUUGACAUCUUAUUUUCUCUACACAAUGUAAGGCUACCUAUUAAAGUGCGUGUUUCCUA